GGACCCCGAGCGUCAUGUGAAGGUAAAGCAGAGGGGCUCAGUUCUGAACAUGCUAAGGAGGCUGGACAAAAUCAGGUUCAGAGGUCACAAGAGAGAUGACUUCCUCGAUCUAGCAGAGUCUCCGAAUGCCUCGGACACCGAAUGCGGAGAUGAAAUACCCCUGAAGAUACCGCGGACCUCGCCCCGGGACAGCGAGGAGCUGAGGGACCCUGCUGGUCCAGGGACCCUCAUCAUGGCUGCCGGAGUCCAGGACUUUAACCGGACAGAGUUUGAUCGCUUAAAUGAGAUCAAAGGUCACCUGGAAAUCGCCUUAUUGGAAAAACACUUCUUACAGGAGGAGCUCCGGAAGCUGCGCGAGGAAACCAACGCGGAGAUGCUGCGGCAGGAGCUGGACCGCGAGAGGCAGCGGCGGGUGGAGCUGGAGCAGAAGGUCCAGGAAGUGCUGAAGGCCAGAGCCGAGGAGCCGCCCGCUCAGCAGCCUCCGAAAGGGCAGGCCCAGGUCAAUAACGGAGCAGAGCGACGGAGCCAGGGGCUGUGCCCCCGCGUCCAGAAGUGGUUCUGCGAGAAAUUCGGGGAGUACGUGGAGGACUUCCGGUUCCAGCCCGAGGAGAGCACGGUGGAGACGGAGGAGCCCCUCAGCGCCCGCAGGUUGACCGAGAACAUGCGGAGGCUCAAGCGCGGGGCCAAGCCUGUCACCAGCUUCGUGAAGAAUCUCUCUGCCUUAUCUGAUUGGUACUCCGUCUACACGUCCGCCAUCGCCUUCACCGUGUACAUGAACGCCGUGUGGCAUGGCUGGGCCAUCCCCAUGUUCUUAUUUCUAGCGAUUUUGAGGUUAUCCCUCAAUUACCUCAUAGCCAGGGGCUGGAGGAUACAGUGGAGCAUCGUGCCGGAAGUGUCCGAGGCGGUGGAGCCUCCAAAGGAAGACCUGACCGUGUCCGAGAAGUUCCAGCUCGUGCUGGACGUGGCCCAGAAAGCCCAGAACCUCUUUGGCAAGAUGGCCGACAUCCUGGAAAAGAUUAAGAACCUGUUCAUGUGGGUGCAGCCUGAGACCACGCAGAAGCUGUACGUCGCGCUGUGGGCCGCCUUCCUCGCCUCCUGCUUCUUCCCCUACCGCCUGGUGGGGCUGGCCGUGGGACUCUAUGCCGGAAUCAAGUUUUUCCUCAUCGACUUCAUCUUCAAACGCUGCCCGAGGCUGCGCGCCAAGUACGACACCCCCUACAUCAUCUGGAAGAGCCUCCCCACGGACCCCCAGCUCAAGGAGCGCUCCAGCACGGCCGUGUCGCGCAGGCUGCAGACGGCCUCCUCGCGCAGCUACGUGUCCAGUGCGCCCGCCGGCCUGAGCAAGGACGAGGACGCCGGCCGCGUUCACGGCACUAAGAAAGGCAAUUUCCACGAGAUCUUCAACUUGACGGAAAACGAGCGUCCACUGGCGGUGUGUGAGAACGGCUGGCGCUGCUGUUUGAUCAACAGGGACCGGAAGAUGCCCACCGACUACAUCAGGAACGGGGUCCUGUAUGUGACGGAGAAUUACUUGUGCUUCGAAAGCUCCAAGUCUGGCUCCUCCAAGAGGAACAAAGUCAUCAAGCUGGUGGACAUCACAGACAUCCAGAAGUACAAGGUCCUCUCCGUCCUGCCGGGGUCGGGCAUGGGGAUUGCGGUGUCGACACCGUCAACACAGAAACCGCUGGUGUUCGGCGCCAUGGUGCACAGAGACGAGGCCUUCGAGACCAUCUUCGGCCAGUACCUGAAGAUCACAGCCGCGGCGUCGGGCAGUGACAGCUAGUCCUGGCGCCCCUCCUCGUCGCUGGGAGUUUUUCUUUUUUUUAACAAUUUGGUAGUGGAGAAAAACUGGACGUCCUCGUCAUCUUUUGCAAUAAUCCCUCUGAUCUGUGGUUUCUGUUGUGUUGACCCUGCGUUUUACAGACCCCUCCGCGCAGGGGUUGGGCUCUCGUGGGCGCGUCCCGUGGACGGGGAGGCCACUGGGAAGGACGGCACGCAGGACACCGCCGCGCACAGCCGCGCCUUCUCCGUCCCCACUGGGCAGAGACCGGCGCGGCUGCACGGCCCGGCGCUUGGAGGCCAGCAGCUCUUCCGCACCAAAGCCAUACGGGGAGCGCGCGGGGCCCUCCCCGGGGUGAAGGACGCGGCGACGGGGGACGCGGGGGCCCCUGACCCGCCGCCAGUCCUGCAGGGAGGCCCCCGUGUGCGUCCUCGGCGUGCGAUGCUGACCCGCUGGCCGAGGGCCCGCGAUCGGCCGAGGAUGCGGGGGCUGUGCGGAGCAAAGGCCUGGAGGACGCCGCUCCGGGCACGCUCCGAGCCUCGGGGCUCCAGCCGGCCUCUGGGCUGGGGCGCUCUGGUGGGUGAGGGGGGCUUCCGGGCGGGGGUAGGAGGGAUGGGGCACCCAGGCCCGUGGGGACUGUGCGGGGGUGCUGAGGCGGUCCCCCGGCUCCGGGGGGAGACCGUGAGCAGAGCCUGGGGGCCGGGGGCCGCACCCCUGGUGCCUGCACACCCGCGGGGGUGGAGGGGCUGCGAGCCCGCACCCCCGGGGAGGCCAGAGCGGGCGUCUCGCAGGCCCGGUCCGUCCCUGAGGCCGGCGUGGUGUUGGGACUGGCCAGGGGCCUCGGGGACGGACACGCCGAGGGGCCGGUGGGGCCGGUGAGGCCGCGCCCCCGCUCAGCACACGUCCAACACGGGCACCUCCAGGCCCUCAGCUUGUCCUGAGUCCUCUGGGUGUCACUGAGGUUGUUUUUUGAAGAAACAGAAGAUUAUAUUUUUUACAGAGAGCAAGCUGUUUUUCUUAUUUUUGUAUCAUUUUUCAGAUGUAAUUUUUACCUUUGCUCCUCAUUUGCUGGCUGGGUGGGCAACUGGGUGGUGUCACUCCUGCCACCCUUGGUGGAGGGGCCACCCAGGAGGGCGCUGCGGGGAGCCACGCCCGCCAGCCAGACAAGCACACGCCCCGCCCAGUGGGCGCGGCCCCGGGGCCGCGCGCCCGCCCGGCUCCCGGCCACCCUGGCGCGCUGUCUCGUGGUUCUGCAGGUUGACCUUUCAUAGACGGAGGCAGAGCCCACCCUAAACCUGGGCCUUGGCCCCACGGUCAGCGCAGGUGGACCGAGUCCCGUGGGGCUGGGGGUGCACCCCCAGGGGGCCCCCUCUGUGCCUCAGGCGCGGCGGGGGGGGGCCCUGAACUGGCCCAGGGUGACUGCGAGUGACACCCACGGUGCUGCUCAGACCUCACUCCCCGGGGCUACGGUGGGGUCAGCACGUGUCCCCAAGCCCAGCGGCGGGGGGGGGGGUCCCUGCACUGGGAUGGACGUCUCUUCUUCAGCGCCACGUGGUUUGGUUUGAGUCCUUUCUGAGGAGAAAGGGAGAUGAAAACGGACCACGUGGGGCGCGGCCGCCCCCAGCUGCACGGGGGCCCGCUGCAGGUCCUCCUUUGGAAGCCCAGGGCCCCCGCCAGGAAGAGCGUGGGCCUGUGCAGGCUCUGGGCUCCCCGUCGGAGAGAACCUGUAGUUUUUACUGAAUUGUGUAAAUCUGGGCAGAUGUUUAACUUCUGCAACUAAUCACUGAACUAGAACGAAUGUUAAAUUUUUUAUGUCUGAAGCGCGAGUCUAUUUUGGAUCUGUAAAUACUCGUUAACCAGUGUCACUUUUGUUCAACAAGAGGAUUGUACUGUAUGAAGAACCGAUGAAAAAAAAAAAUCCCCGGUAACAUUUUUUUAAGAAAAACCUUGUUUAAAAAAAAAAGUCUUGUAUAAAUUAUAAAUUUUUAUUUAAAUAAA